GAGCAAUCUAUCAUGUCCUUACUAGUACAUGUGUUUUGUGUUUAUAUGAUGAAUUUAAGAUUUUUCUUAGGAGGUCUAUUUUGAAUUUUGAUCGUGAUUACAAAUUUCUUUCCAGUCCUCUGCAGCGCUCGAUAUCCCUCGCGCCCACUCUCCCUCGAAAGCCCACACACAAAGCCAACGAAGCUUAUCCUUGCGUUUAUUGCUCCUCUCUCUAUUCUCCAACCCUAGACAGAGUUUUCACCAUGAAAGGUGCUAAAUCCAAGGGGAAGGCUGACAACAAGCUCGCAGUGAAGGCUAAAAGCAAGAAAAAAGUUGCUAAACCUGCUAAGGACCCGAACAAACCGAAGAGGCCUCCCAGUGCUUUUUUCGUCUUCAUGGAGGAUUUUCGCGUAUCCUAUAAGAAAAAGCAUCCAGCCAACAAGUCUGUUUCCGAAGUGGGUAAAGCUGGCGGGGCAAAAUGGAAGAGCAUGACCGAUGCUGAGAAAGCUCCCUACAUUGCCACCGCUGAGAAUAGGAAGAAGGAAUACGGGAAGAAAAUGAAGGAGUAUGAUAACAAACAGAGUCAGGCUACUGCAGAGGAGGAGGAAUCUGACAGGUCAAAAUCAGAGGUCAACGAUGAUGAUGACGAUGAAGAUGGUGGCAGUGACGAUGGCGAUGAUGAUUCUGAUUAAAAGUACCUGGGCAGAAAUAUGUUGGAUGAUAUGGAUUGCUGCAGCGUUGUGUAAUAGUGGAAGGAUGUUCAAAGAAACGUUUGCCUAUGGGAUAUAGCAUAUAGUGGUAGCUGUUGCUCUUUCCUGUUUUAUUUCUUUUUAUGUUUUUUGGAGGAGUGUUAGAUGGUAAAGAAAAAUGGUUACUCCUUAGUCCAAGUGGGGUGAGCAUUUGGUUUAAUCCAUUGCUCCAUGUACUUUGUUAUUAUGAUGAAGAAUACGAGUAUGUUUUUAAUCCAUUGUUAUG